AUGGAAUCACCAGACAGUCUCAAACAAAUGGAGGAGCAGCUAGACUCCGAGAUAUCUUCCAUCCGGCGCGAAAUCCGUAAUCUCCAACGACGACGUCGACUCCUAACUUCCAGCCUUCUUUCGUCCGACAACUUUCAAAAACGACUGAAGGCGCGCCAAGCAGCAGCAGCAUCUACACCCAUCUCGUCCCUAACCGACGAAGUCUCCCCCCUCGUCCAAGCCGCCGAUAAGCACGCCGAAUUGAACCAUCACCGCGUCGCGUUCUCAACAACCACCUUCCCCUUCAAAGACCCUUCUCCGCAUUCGGACCAUCCGAAUCUACUAGGUGUGCGCAUUGAUAUCUGCUGUCGGAACGGCCGCUUCACGAAGCCGUACUACGUGCUUCUGAGACAGGCCGGCGCGGGCGACGAGAAGAGGCUACGGGUGCACCGACAUACAAUCCCUGCGUUUAUCCCUAUCAAGAAACUAGAGCGCGUCUAUCUGCCUUUGCCGCCAACGGAGGAGUUCACGGAAGAGGGUGCGCCCCUCAAGCCGAGGAAGGGUCGCGUGCGGAAGCAGGACCUACAGGGUCUAGUUCGCGAACUGAGGCGACAGCUUGUUGCGUGGCAUCUACGAGUCGAUGCCGUUAACAUGCUGAAGGAAGACCUGGGCGGUGUUCAAGAUGGAACUGUGGGUGGCGGUGUAGACGAGAGUCGGUUGGAACCUAAUGAGUUGGGGAUUGUGUCUGUUUCUCCGACGGCACUCGAGGCGACGUAUGUCCGUCUGGAAUGGGAGGAUGGACGUGUGGGACGCUUCAAGCUUUCCGACACGGGGUUUAUUGAGCGUGCAGUCAUCAUCGGCGACCGCGGGAGAGAUAAGAGGCUGGAAGCUGUGUUUAUUGGCGGUGAUGGACGAGUAGAAACACUCCUGGACAGGCUACGGCAGCAUGCUAUACCCCCAUCAAGCGAAUGA